UAUGGAGCUGCGCCGAAUAGUGGCCAAGAAACAAUUACCUGUUGUCUGUAAAAUAAGUACAAUAUAUGACAGAUCAUUAGGAGAGGGUGAACAAGAGUUUAUUGAAGAAGGUUCCCUGUUUGUACUUCACUGUCUGAAAAGAGAGAGAAGAGCGAAGGUAUUAGGUGAUUUCAACGAACAGUUUUAUAUUUCUUUCAACUGUUCAGAAGAAGUUGAACUACUACCCUCAGACGCUCGUUUGGACGACGUCGAAUUUAAUAAUGUAGCCGAAAUAAUGGUGAAUGAGCCCAUGCCAAAGUUGAUUAGGUGUAUUCAGCCUCAUAUUGGCAAAACGGUCGAUACAAGCGUCUAUGUUGGAGAAGUUUUAGAAAUAAGCCGCAUAGAAUUGAAUAAUGAAGAGCAAAUUCUAGUUUGUUUGAACACUAAUGCCCAGACAAUAAGACUAAAUGAGAAUGACUGCCUUGCUAAAUUUAGCGCAAUGCCUUCUGAACGCUUACUCCAAAUUUCUGAACUACUUGAAGAUGAAAACUUUCCGAAAAGGGUUCGUCAUUUUGACGAAGAGAAAUCUGAUUGGAAGAAUCUAAUAAUCGAUUGUAUAAUCGAAAACGAUUAUGUAAUUGCCACAAUGGUCAAUAAUCCUUAUUGUUUGUCUAUUCCUGUAGAGGAAGUUCACCAUAGAUUUGAAAUCAUUAAUCCAACUGAUGAAUUAACAUUAAUGCUUUUAUCGUCCUUAAAACCUUUAUAUUCAAAUAUAAAUACAAGUUUCAAGGUAAAGGAAAUAGGAAAAAACGUUCCGCCAGUAAAAUGGAGAAACCUUGCUCAGCCAAUAAACGGAGUCCUAGAGGAAUGGAAGCAUAGUUAUGACUGUAAAAAGUUUACAGUUAAUUAUACGAAAUGUGGAAAUUUAUCGGAAUUAACGUAUAACAGUACUUUGAAUAGCGAAUUCGGAAGAGUUUGUGAAAUAUUCGAUAAAGAUGAGAAGGUAGAAGCUAUUAGUGAAUGGACAAACGAGACAGUUCUAAACGUUCUUCGAGAGUUAAAUUUACAGAAAUAUGUGAAUAAAUUUCACGAAGAGAAUAUAGAUGGUUCCCUACUAAUGCAUUUAACUGAAGAAAUGUUAUUAAAUGAACCAUUCUGUAUGACAAAAUAUCACGCAUUGAAGUUACUUAACAAAUUGAUGGUUUAA